AUGGGAGACAGUCGUAGAGGACCACCCUCAACACCACAAUCACGCAAGAUCAUGGUGAUCGCUGACCCGACCCGUGAAUCUGCAGCUGCUCUUCAAUACGCUCUUUCACACGCGGUGCUCGAGCAAGAUGAGCUCAUCCUCGUCCAUGUUGAAAACAAUGGUGGCUCAUGGAAAAAUGCAUUUUCAAGUUUUUUAAGAUUACCAAGCUCCUCCUCCUCUUCGAGCAACAAUGCCUCCUCACCGGGGGCUAAUGCUAACGUUAAUAUUACAAACACAACUUCAUCUUUGGCCUCUGAGAUUGGUCAAGCAGAAGGGAAUUUCCUUGAACAGAUGAAAAGGAUAUGUGAAAUUGCUCAACCGAAGGUGCGUGUUCACACAGAGUGUAUAACCAUGGACGGCGUCAAAGCUACAGCUAUUCUUCUUCAUGGAGACAAACUUGGGGUUGAAGUUAUCAUCAUUGGCCAACGCAGAACAAUUUCAUCCUCCCUUCUAGGAUCUAGGCGGCCUGGCGGCUCUCUAAUAGGAUCAAAAGGAAUAGAUACAGCGGAAUAUCUGAUCGAGAACAGCAAAUGCACUUGUGUUGGCGUACAGAAGAAAGGUCAAAAUGGAGGCUAUGUUCUUAACACCAAGACCCAUAAGAACUUUUGGCUAUUGGCAUGA